AUGAUCAGCAGAAACUUCAAAAAUGUGCUGGUGGUCUCCAUCGGCUUCCUGUCCCUGUUCACAGCCUAUGGCGGACUGCAGAGUUUGCAGAGCAGUCUGAAUGCAGAGGAGGGCAUGGGCGUGGCCUCUCUGAGUGUCAUCUAUGCCUCCAUCAUCCUGUCGUCCAUGUUUCUGCCGCCCAUCAUGAUCAAGAACCUGGGCUGCAAGUGGACCAUCGUGUUGGGCAUGGGCUGCUACGUCUCCUACUCCUUUGGGAACCUCUACCCUGGAUGGUACACCCUCAUCCCCACCUCUAUAAUCCUGGGCUUGGGCGGCUCCCCCUUGUGGUCUGCAAAGUGCACAUAUCUGACCAUUGUGGGAAACAGGCAGGCGGCCACCGAGGGCAGGAAGGGCGCUGACGUCAUCAACCAAUACUUCGGCAUCUUCUUCUUCAUCUUCCAGUCGUCCGCUGUGUGGGGGAACCUCAUGUCCUCCCUCAUCUUCGGACAGGACACCAACAUAGCGGCCAUCCCUGAGGCGCAGCUGCUGACGUGUGGAGCCGCAGACUGUGGCCUGAACAUCAGCUCCAACGCCACCAGCUUCAGACCAGAGCAGAGGCUGGUGUGGACCCUGGUGGGAUCCUACAUCGGUGUGGGGGUGCUGGCCAUGCUCAUCAUCUCCGUCUUCCUGGACAACAUCGACCAGCAGCAGACCAGUGAGUUCCGUGGUCAGCGAGAGCCGUUCUGUCACACCUUCUUAGCCACGUUCAGACUCCUGAAGGACUGGAGGCUCCUGACCCUCAUCCCCCUCACCAUGUACAGCGGCUUCGAGCAGAGCUUCCUGUCCGGAGAGUAUACCAAGAACUAUGUGACGUGUGCUCUGGGCAUUCACUACGUGGGCUUCAUCAUGAUGUGUUUCGGAGCCUCCAACUCCCUCUGCUCCUUCCUGUUCGGACGCUUGGCUCGCUACACGGGCCGCAGCACUCUGUUCGCCUUAGCUGCUGUGAUAAACUUGGCCUGUAUCAUCGCUCUGCUGCUGUGGAGACCUCACCCUGAUGAGCUGCCGGUGUUCUUUGUGUUUCCUGCUUUAUGGGGGAUGGCUGAUGCGGUUUGGCAAACACAAACCAACGCGCUGUACGGUGUGCUGUUCCCGCGGGACAAGGAGGCGGCCUUUGCCAACUACAGGAUGUGGGAGUCUCUGGGCUUUGUCCUGGCCUUCGCCUACAGCACCUUCAUCUGUCUGGAGUAUAAACUGUACAUACUGCUGGCCAUGCUGCUGCUGACCAUCAUCACGUACCCCAUCGUGGAGUGGAGAGAGCACAAGUCUCCCACUCCCCCCAUCGAACAGGCAAACUACUCUGACCUCCAGAAAGAGCCCAUCAUCCAGGACAAAGGGGUAGUGUCCCAGACGCAGCUAUAG